AUGACUUCAACAAUCGACUCGUCGCUACCACCGCUGGCGCCCGUCUACCCACCAAAAGACGGCUCAGCCACCCGCAACGAAUCACCAAAACUAGCCAAACUCAUCUCUCUCCUCUCCCUCCAACAACACAUUGAAGGCGGCUACUUUGUCGAGACCGACCGCGACACCAACCGCGUUCCCAACCCUUUCCUCAACACCACUCCCUCGGCAUCUUCGUCUGAUCAAACGACCUUCUACACCUCCACCGGCGCCGAGAAGACGAGAAAUGCAAGCACGAGUAUCCAUUACCUCUUGACUCCCGAGUCACCCAUGGGCGCUUUCCACAGGAACAGAGGCAGAACGAUACACACACUACACAGAGGCAGAGGCCGCUACGUCAUUAUUCAUGCCGACCAAGUCAUGCCCGAAUACGACUCGCAUUCUGGGAUGAGAGCAAAAGCAAGAGUCGAGACUUUUAUCGUUGGCCAAAACGUAGAAAAGGGAGAAAGGCUACAGUGGAUUGUUGACGGAGGAAAGUACAAGAGUAGCUUUUUGCUGCCACUGGGAGGUGAAGAUGCCGCUGAUAAUGGAGGUUUAUUGAUUAGCGAGACAGUGGUGCCGGGGUUCGAGUACAGUGAUCAUGACUUUAUGAGGAUUGAACGAUUGGAGGCGUUGGUCACCAAAGAGCAAGCAGACGAGAUGAGAUGGAUGCUUAGAAAGGACGACAAGGCAGUCUGA